AGGAGAGGAGGGGGAGCAAGAGAGAAAAGAGAGCAGCAACAACACAGUCACAUCUGGAAGUUAUUGAGAAGUAGGGAGGGAGAGAGAAAGAGAGAGAACUGUAUUGUGAAUUGAAAAGAGGGAGAAAGGAUAAACAAACUCUAGAUGUAGAGAUAGAUAGACUUGUUAAAUGUAUCAACUGAGUUAAACUUUUACGGGAGGACAGAGUUUAUCUAAAAGUUGACAAGAAUUCUACAGUGGACAGAGAGAAAGGAACAGAGGAAAAGAAAGAGAGAGCGCAAGAAACUGUAAUUCUAUCCUAAGAACAAUCCAUAGCAAGAGGGGAGAACGACAGAGAGGGAAAACUAAUGUAGCUUUCUAAUCUGGAGGACCGUCUAAAACAGAACAAAGUGGUCUGGAUCAAAACGUAUGUUAUUGAGUUGAAAUUAAAUCAACUCAACAAAGGAGAAGUGUCCAGAGAACAAAAGAGGAGUCCCCUUGUCUGGAAUUCUUCUACGCAUUUUGUCUUCCUAUCAAGCCUGUGGAGUCAACCGUCAGACAGGAUGUCAGCCUCUCGGAGGUGCCUGUGUUGCGUGAAAUACCUCAUGUUCGUCUUCAACCUCAUCUUCUGGCUGGGAGGGUGUGGCCUGUUUGGAGUGGGAGUGUGGCUAUCAUUCACCCAGUCCGAGUUCUCCUCCCUCCCGCUGUCUUUUCCCUCACUCUCUGCAGCAAACCUUCUUCUGGUCGCUGGGGGCGUCACCAUGGUGACAGGCUUCCUGGGUUGCCUUGGCGCCCUGAAGGAGCAGCGCUGCCUGCUGAUGACGUUCUUUGUAAUCCUUUUGCUCCUGGUGUUGACAGAGGUGACUCUAACCCUGGUCCUCCAUAUCUUUCACAACGAGCUGGACACGAAAGCUCAGGAUGAGUUAAAGGAGGGGAUGAAGAAUUACUUGACAGACGAAGGACUGAAGAAGUCAUGGGACAAUGUGCAGAAAAUGUUCAAGUGCUGCGGCGUGACCAACAAAACAGAUUGGUACCUCGUGGUCAACGGAACGCUCCCCUUUUCCUGCUGCUCCGGGGGGAUGGACCAAUGUGUUGAAGGAUGGAUCGAGCCGUGUUAUCAGAAGGCCAGACAGUGGCUCUUGGACAACAUCCUCUCUGUCCUGGUGUUUGGAGUCUGCAUUGGCAUUGUCCAGAUUCUGGCUUUGAUUUUCUCCCUGCUGAUGUACUGCCAGAUCUUCCGUGCUGAGAAGUACCUGGACUGAUCUGGGACUGGUCCUUCACAGACAGGAGAAGCUGAAUGAGAGACUACCUAGCUGGCACAGAGUUCCUCUAACGUUUCUUUAAGGUUUUCCUUCGGUUAUUUGAAAAAUAACUUCUCCACGCCGAUGUGGGAACUAAAAGAAAAGUGUUAGCUGGUGUGUUUUAUACCAACUGCUGGGGAUGGUUUUUCAGAACAUUAAAUCCAGAUCAAAAUCAUCAUUUUUGUGUGUUCAAUUAUGUUGAGUUUAAUCAAAUAUAUUUGAAUGAGAACACAUCACCCAUUUGAAGGGUUAUUUUCAUCUGGAUUGAUGGUUCUUAGAACACUGCACUAAAAACCAUGGGGCACAUUCCAGGUCGUCUUCAUUGCGGUCAUGUUGCUCAGAUCUCACAACGCCUGGUGAAGUGUCAUUCAAUUGGCUUUGAGAGAUCUGAUCAUCUGGAAUACAGCCCUUUACUUGUCAUGAAUAAAGAAGGACAUUAUUUGUAACUAUUGGGGACUAUGUGCUACUUGUCACUUUCACUAUUAGGCGAUACUAAUAAUAUUGUUUAGUAGUGAAAAUAUAAAGUGCUUGCCCUGAUGUCCAUGGACAAGCAGUGAGACUUGCCCCAAAGAAACACUUUUCUUACACUUCUUACACUAUUCUGUUCAACUGCAGCAUAUUUUAAACAAAAGUCUAAACUAUAUGUUUUAAAGUGAGCCUUACCAAAACAAAUAAAAUGUAAAUACAUUGUAACUUGUAUGCAUGUGAAGUAGUAGUUGUUUUGUGAACUUCAGCAUUUUGUAAAAUACACAAAUGUAUGACUGAUUGUGAAUGCGGUAAUAGUUCAAAUAACUUGUUUUCUAUAUUGUGCGUAUGAGGUGUUGUCGGUAUGAAUUCACUUCUCUUAUAGUUGAGACGAACCUAUGCUUUCAUAUACUUAUUCAGUCCAAUAGACAACUGAAGAGGUAAUUGACUUGCAACAGGGUUCGUCAUUCUAAUGAAAUAUAUAUCACAUAUAUAAAUGGACUAUGAAAGUAUGCUAUUUAAUUAUGAUCUGCGGUCAUAACACCAAUUAAUGAAACCCAAACCAAACCAAUGACUACACUGUACAGUGUUUUGUAAAACAUGUCUAUAGAAAAACUUUGAUAAGAAAAUAAUUGUACAAGUACACAUCUCUAGCAAACUGGACGAUACUUUCCUGCAGAUGGAAAAUGGGAGACGUGGGAUUAGAUUUUGAGGGAAAAUCAUCACCAGAUGCCUGCUGUGGUCAGUGACUUCUGCCUCCUGGUGGUUGUGUUUGAAAACAACCUUUAAACAGAUAGAGGGCGCCAACGUCCACAAUUACAUUUACAUUUUUUUAAAAGAGGGGUUAUCUUGCAAUGUCACAAAAACGAUGCACAUGCUUCAAUGGGGCAGAAAUCCGUGUGUUGUUGCGAUUCUGGAUGGCUAGAAGGCUAGCAACAAUGACAAGAUGCCAUGUGGGGAAUCGUAGGUGGCUCGUUUCAGCUAGUUUUAACCUGUUUUUGAUACCAAGUCUUGUUUUGAUGCAUUUUGACUGAUGUCACUUCUAUGCUAACAUGGUCAGAAUUCCCUAGCUAGCUAACCGACACCACAAAAAGUGCUCAUUGUGCAAAUGUAUUUAUGUUUUCAAUAAACAUUGGAGAUGAAAUAUAGUUUACAACAA